AUGCAAACAGGACAUAUUAUACCCGGGUACGACCCUCGAUAUUUGACAUCAUAUUCUGAUAAUAAUGCUUCAUACUUCGCAGGGCCUAUGCAUAUGGAGCCUAAUCCAAUGGCGGCGCAUGCAUUUGGUAGCGAUUAUCAGAAUCGCAGUUUAAUGGGAGCUGAAAGGGUUGAAAAUAAACACUACGUGCCACAAAGGAUUCCCAACGUACAACCGCCUGAACCGUUCAAUGAUUUUCCGAAACCCACACAAAAGAAUGCGAUUGAAAAUCUACAGGUUAUUCAGAAGAAACAUGAAAUGCCUCCAAAGAAACAAGUGGAAACUGAUUUAUUGAAGAGCGAAGUACAGAACGAAGUUAAACCUCGCGCGGAGAAACUAAAAGAACUGUACAAAACUGGUACGAGAGUAUUUUGUGGAUCAGUAGAAAAUGUAUUGAAGUGGCACAAGAUGAUACAAGAUAUUGGCAUUAUGGUGUUUUAUGACAUUGUCGGAAAAUGUGUAAGCGUAAGAGCAGGCGAAUCUUGCGCUAAGAACUUAGUAGUGAGAGAUGAAAACGGACCCGCCAUACAAGUUGUGUACUAUGAAAUUGACUAUCUGUUACCGGAGUUGCAGAUACCGUGCACUGUAAGGGUGUUAGGUCGUAUGCAACAAGGCACGAGCAGGCUCCACGCGUACAGCGUGCGCGCCGCUGCCGGCGACGACGUGGCGACGUUGCCGCGCCGCGCCGCCGUCGCGGCGCACCACGUUGCCAAACUUACCAAGGAGUAUUCCGUA